AGUUUAUGUUGUAGCCUUUAUUGUUAGCUCCACCAAAUUUUUAUUUUUUUUCAUUUGUUCUCAAUUUGGUUGAAGUUUUUCCUUGGAAAUUCUAGACUCUGAAUUUUUCAUGGUCUGAUUAGCAGUUUCUGAAGUUUGCUCUUCUGGGUUCUCUUUGCAUCUUCUGAAAAAUUCAAUUUUUAUUUUUUCUAGUUUAAGCCUUUGUGGAAUUUUCAUCUGGGUUUGAUUUGAUAUCUUGUGAUUAGGGUGGGCAGGGAGCCUAAUUUCUCACUGAAGUUUCUGUCUUUGAGCUCUUCCCUCGCCUAAGACUUGUGAGUUGUGACAUCAUCUAACUAGAGUGGAUUACCGGAAAAUUAUCCUGUACAUGUAAAAUGUCCUUCCGGGGUAUUGUUCGUGAUGUAAGGGACGGAUUUGGAAGCUUAUCUAGGCGGAGUUUUGAGGUAAGGCUUCCCGGCCAUCACAGGGGCAAGUCAAAUAGUUCGGUCUAUGAGUUGAAAGAACAGCCACCAAUAAUACAGAACAGCAGGUGGGCUAGCCUUCCACCUGAGCUUCUUCGUGAUGUUAUUAAUAGAUUGGAAGCAAGUGAGAGCACAUGGCCAGCUCGUAAGCACGUGGUUGCCUGUGCUGCUGUGUGCAAAUCCUGGAGAGAAAUGUGCAAAGAAAUUGUUAGCAGUCCUGAGUUAAGUGGGAAGAUUACUUUCCCUGUUUCACUAAAGCAGCCUGGUGCUAGGGACGGACACAUCCAGUGUUUCAUCAAGAGAGACAAAUCUAAUAUGACUUAUCACCUAUUCCUUUGUCUUAGUCCUGCCUUGCUUGUUGAAAAUGGAAAGUUUCUUCUUUCUGCAAAACGGAGCAGAAGAACGACAUGCACUGAGUACAUUAUAUCCAUAGAUGCGGAUAAUAUAUCAAGAUCUAGUAGCACAUACAUUGGAAAACUAAGGUCAAAUUUUCUUGGCACCAAAUUCAUAAUUUAUGAUACACAGCCUCCCUACAACAAUGCUCAGCUGUCUCCUCCAGGCCGAAGCCGUAGAUUUAAUUCAAAGAAGGUUUCCCCCAAAGUGCCUAGUGGCAGCUACAAUAUUGCCCAGAUCACGUAUGAGUUGAAUGUCUUGGGUACUAGGGGCCCACGUAGGAUGAACUGCACCAUGCACUCAAUCCCUAUGUCAGCCCUUGAGCCUGGUGGCGCGGUCCCAGGGCAGCCAGAACUCCUUCCCCGCUCCCUUGAGGAUUCAUUCCGCAGCAUAUCCUUCGCAAGAUCAAUUGACAACGCGAGCGAGUUUAGCAGCUCUAGGUUCUCAGACAUAAUUGGGACCAGCAAUGAAGAGGAGGGAAAAGACAGACCACUGGUUCUCAAGAACAAAUCACCGAGAUGGCACGAGCAGCUGCAGUGCUGGUGUCUCAACUUCAGGGGUAGGGUGACUGUCGCCUCUGUCAAGAAUUUUCAGCUGAUUGCCGCGACACAGCCGGCCGCCGGUGCUCCUACACCAUCUCAACCAACACUGUCUGAUCAUGAUAAGACUAUUCUUCAGUUUGGCAAAGUCGGCAAGGACAUGUUUACCAUGGACUAUAGAUAUCCCCUCUCUGCAUUUCAGGCUUUCGCCAUUUGCUUGACUAGCUUUGACACAAAACUGGCAUGUGAAUAAUGACAGGAAAUAUGGUAAAAGUAGUAUUCAUCUGCAUUUAUGUUUUCACAAUAUGGUGAACCUGCAUGGAGUCAGACUACACUACACCUCAUAGUUUAACUGUAAAGUACAGAACAUCCUAUGGCCCAUUAUAUUUUCUUCUAUCUUGUUCGUUGUCUGUUUUACCUUUUUUUUCUGUCGAACUUCUUUGUUGCUCAUACUCAUCAUGGGCAAAAGAUGUAACUUGGUUAGAAUUUAAUACCAUUUAUGCUUACAUGUAAUGGAAAUGUAUGUGUUUGCCCA